UCGCGAAGGUGUAAUACGCGCGCGUGCCCAUGCGCAAUAUCAAUUGCCGAUCGAUUUAAGAAUUACGAACGUUCGCCUCUUAUGGAAUACGUGCUCAGUGGAAUAAAUUGUGAGUUCUCUCUAAUAGAAAAGUAUUAAGCAGUUAAAAAAAAAUCAUAGUGAUUCCAUCAUUCUCAAAAUCAAGCGGCCGGAGCUGUCCAACGUAGUGCUGUGUUUAAUAUUAAAUUGAGUGGUGCAGUGUUGUGCAGCUGUGUGAUUGGCAAACAAAACUCGUUGUGCUCGGAUAAAAAAAUCGAAAAUGUUCGGGUCAAGGUGGCCCAUACUCUGCCUACCUAUCCUGCUUGCUGCGUCAGCUUGCGGAAGUGAUAUCCUGAUGAUCACACUGGGUGGGACCAAAUCACACAAAAUGCCCUUCUGGGAACUUUCCAGGGGGUUAAUCAGAAGGGGCCACAACAUCACGCUGAUCAGUGCGUUCCCUCCAGACUUUCACAUCGAGGGUUUGGAAGAUAUCGCCCCCGACCACCUGGCGAGGUACGUCAGGAACUUCAUGUCGUGGGACCUGGUGGGAGCCCGGAUAAGGGGGGAGGAGCCUUUACCACCGCUGGACAUCAUGAGAUACCCUUAUGAGGUAUGCGACGUGUUCUACAGUGACCCAGAGACUAGAUCCUUCCUUAGAUCGGGAAGGAGCUACGAUCUUAUAGUCUUGGACGGGGCAUUUCCUGAAUGCGCUAUGGGUGUUGUUUAUCGCUUGAAGCUUCCAUUCAUCUUCAUCAAUACAGUUGGAUUCUACACUAUGGCAUUCAGCAACUCUGGGAGUCCGACCCCUUACUCUGUCACACCAUUCUUCGGCAAAGCUUAUACUGAUAACAUGAAUAUCCUGGACAGAGCUAUGAAUUUUGCAUGGCAUGCAAUUGCGUAUACGGCACACAGUGUCUCCAUGAUGGUAUUGCAGGGAGUGCUAAGAAAGCACUUCGGUCCUCAGAUUCCCCAUGUUUAUGAUACGACGAAGAAUGUCAGCUUCAUACUGCAGAAUGGACAUUACUCUGUGUCCUAUCCGAGACCGUAUUUGCCUAAUGUGGCGGAAGUGGCGUGCAUUCACUGCAAGGAUGCCAAACGAUUGAAUCCUGACAUCGAAGAGUGGAUUUCCGGAGCUGGUGACACGGGCUUCGUAUACGUUUCAAUGGGAUCCUCAGUGAGGACUUCUAACAUGCCCUUAUCUGUCCACCGGUUAUUCGUCGAAGCUUUAGGAAGACUACCACACAGAGUUCUAUGGAAGCAGGAUGCGGAACAAAACAUGACCAACAUGCCGUCGAACAUUAGAUUGUAUAAGUGGCUACCUCAGCAGGAUUUGCUUGGUCAUCCGAAGAUUAAGGCAUUUGUCACCCACGGUGGUCUCCUUAGCAUGUUCGAGACUGUAUAUCACGGAGUACCAAUAGUCACUAUCCCAGUAUUUUGCGAUCACGACGCCAAUGCAGCAAAGGCCGAAGUCGAUGGCUAUGCAAAGAAAUUAGAAUUGAGACAUCUCACGUCCGAUAAGCUUUAUAAAGCUAUUACGGAAGUUAUCAAUGAACCCAGAUACAAAAUAGAGGUGAACAAAAGACAGAUACUUCUCAGAGAUCAAAAGGAAACUCCCUUAGAAAGAGCAGUCUAUUGGACUGAAUACGUUAUCAGACACAAAGGAGCAUAUCACUUGCAAUCGCCAGCGAAAGAUCUGAAUUACUUCCAAUACUACAUGAUAGAUGUAGCUGUCAUUGUAUCUUUAUUAUUGCUAGUGACUUUUGUAAUAUCAUUCUAUGGAUUAAGAUCCCUGUUCCAAAAUCUAGUACGCUAUGUUCAACACAAAGAAAUAGAAAAGAUUGGAAAGUCUAACGGAUUGCUAAAGCGGUCUCAGAUUCUAAUAGACCAGACGACGAUAUCAAAGAAGGAGCUGUAAACGUAUAUACCAAAUUGUUAUAAAACUAAGUUACCAUUACAAGUUACCACAAGAGAUUGAAUACAAAUAAUGGUAGUACAUGAAUAAAAAGUGAUAAAAAUGUAAAUAUUUUAGAAUGUAAAUUUGUAGAAAUGAUUAAGUUUUAGCGUAGUAAUUAGAACGAAUUAAGAAAUGACAAACUUGAUGUGGUAGAUUUUGC